UUACACGCGUCCAACUGCUGCAGAUCGCCAGGAAACGCCCAUACGUCGACUUCCCUGUCAGCUGAAGUGCGUUUGAAGAACAGACACUGAACAAAGAAACAUCUCUGAUAUACUCUGCAGGAUCUCAAAGAAAAGCAGUUUUCAAAAGAGAACAGAAUUCAGAACUAAGGGACGUGAGAUCCAUGGAGCAGAGCAGGGACAAAGACCCCGAGGAGUUGCCGAAAGAUGGAGGGCGCUCGGUCAUCACGACGCGCCGGCAAGUGCGAACUAUCACCACUACGGGCCAUAUCACCACGGGACACGUCGCCGAUGACGACGAGGACUACGAUGAUAACAACCAGCAGCAUCUCGACCAUGGUCGGCAAACAGUGACGCCCUCUCUCAAUAAUCAGCAGCAACAGCAGUUACUGAAGCGUCAGGCACUUGCAACGUCAUCCCCACAUAACAAUGACGUGUCCAUGACGCACAGCCCGGCGCCACCAAACAACCACACACCUCCAGGUUCUGUGAGACAAUCACACGUCUCCCCAGCUGGGCAGCUCAUAAAUACCAAAGAAGUUGUCAGUAUCAAUGAGUCUUCACCAAACGCACAACAGCAACAAAGUUAUCAGCAGCAGGUGCCGUAUAGCUCUUCUCCGCCUAGUCAGGUGAGGUACACGUCACCCACAAGCCAUAGCACCGUCGUGCAGUCGCAGCCCACCGUGUGCUACACCACCACGACAGAACAUUACCAGCAACCGCAGCCCAGUCCCCCACCUCCCCUCCUCGCAAUUCAGCAGCCACAAGUGGCCACAAACAUCCAACAUCGUUUCACACCUACCCCUUCGGUAGCAAGAACUGAAGGCAGUGCGCAACACCGGUACGCGUCACCAUCUCUGGAGCACCAGCAACAAGAUGCGCCACAGCACAGAUACGCCCCUCAGACCCACCAGUUGCUUCCAACACAGGAACAGCAACAUCUACAGGGAUACCAGCACCAUAAUCAUCAAGACAUGACUCCUCCGCCAGAUCUAGAAUACAUUCAUCAUCACCAUCAGCUGAAUGCCUAUGGUGAUACAGGUGAUCAAUCAUUACAAGUUAAGAAUGAAGGUCACGACGAGGGAGGGGCUGCAGGUGGUGCUAAGUUGGCACAACUGCAGACGCUUAAGAACAAUGACGCCAACGGUGGCAGCAGUGCCUGUAUCACUCCUCCGGGCCCUGCUACUUUGACACAGCAAAUAGGCCAACAAACUGACAGUCAGGGGACUACGUACACCACACUGGAGACUGUAACCUCAGCCAACAAUUACCAUGCUUCUUACAGCGAGAAUACCGUUCACUCACCGUAUCAACUGCAGCAGGCUUCCAGUAUGUCGUCUCCUGGGUAUUCGCAGUACCUCCCCAAGUCCUCCAGUGCAGAACUGUACACCUUGUACCCUACGUCAGCUGGAGGAAUGGCAAACAAAGUGGUUUCCCUCGGAUCUUCAGAAAGUCCGCUGAUCUACACAAGAAGUGAUCCUACGUUGACCUCAACUUCAAUAUCCGUGGAUUCUAAACCUUCGGCCACACAACUUUACAGCAGCCUACAGGGACACAAUCAGUCCCUGACUUAUGACCAACACCAGCCACCAGGAUCUCCGAACUCACAGCAAGUCACUCUCUACGGCCACGGAACCGCGGCGAGCUACAUAAGCAAGUUCUCAAUGGCCGCCGAUCCGUCUGCACAGUACUGGACUACAUCUGCAAAUGGAUCGCCCACGGCAAUUGACUACGUCGGGUCAGGUUAUGGAGGAACGGCGCUACAUAACUCUGUUGUUACUGACGGCGUUACGACGUCGUCUCCAAUGCAACAGACUGCUUUCACAACAUUCGGAAGUAACGGAGGUGCAGGGCCGUCGACAUCCUGGAACAUGUCGUUUGAAGACAAUUACGACGCAAGCAACAUGCUGGGGGUGGACAUCAAGGAAUGUGUGAAUUGCGCCGCCAGUGUGACGCCCCUCUGGAGGCGUGAUGGCACCGGCCACUACCUCUGCAAUGCGUGUGGUUUAUACAACAGAAUUAAUGGCGUCAACAGACCGCCCUUCCGCAACCACACCAAGAAAACUAGCUCGACCGGCAAUCGGCGGACAGGUGUCUCAUGUGCCAAUUGCAACACGAACACAACGACUUUAUGGCGACGCAACAACAGCGGAGAGCCGGUAUGCAACGCCUGUGGUCUCUACUUCAAACUCCACGGGGUCAACCGCCCGCUAAGCAUGAAGAAAGAAGGUAUUCAGACCCGAAAAAGGAAACCAAAGAAUCCAGGACAGGGGAGCCAGGGAUCAGCAGGGUCACUGUCCGGUGUCAUCAAGACGGAAGGGAAGGGCAGCAUUCAGCAUGUGGACAAGCUGGAGCUGGCACAUAUGUACGGUGGCGGAACUGGGAGUCCCGACGUGAAGCCCCACCAGAUGUUACUUCAACAGCAGGCGCACGGAGGUCUCCUAGGUGACGAGAUGGGUCAGCCAGCAGAUCACUACAACAGUCUGGGGCCCACACCCUCCCAGUCCCCCCUUCUGCCAUCCACGAGCAUACUCAACAGACAUAUUUCCAAUGUACCACCGCUAGAGCCCAUACCUACAAGGCCAUCACCUGACGCCUUGACAAGUGUCAUCACUUCGACGUCCAUCUUAAACAAUGAACAACAAAACAACUGAUUCAUUUACCUCGGAAACCACCAUCUGUUGGCCCCUGGAUUCGAAGCUUAAACUAUAGUUAGCCGAAGUCAUUCCAGUGAACGUUGUCUAGAAAAGAAUAUAGGAGGAAUGCACUCUACUAUAUUAACAGCCAUGUAUUAGGAGGGCAAAGAUGUAACGAGGGCUAUGAAAAAGCUCGAAUAGUGGUCUCAACAAAAUAUCUGAUUUCUGCAGAUGGUUUAGGUAAUGUUUGUUGUUCCGUGGACAGGUUAGUUCUCUAUACAUGUUGCCUCUGAGAAAGUAGAACGACAGACCUUUUACUGUGAAAAUGGAGGAAGAUCUCUCCCUAACAUAUAAAUCUUACUGUAAACGCAGUGUAACAGUCUAACUUUUCUCAUACAAUCGAAGCAGUUACUUAUCCCUAGGGUAAACUGUUUAACGCAUUCAUUGCGGAGUGUUUAAGAGUCUUUAAAGACUGAAUUUCUUCUGAGAAAUAUGUAGAAAUUUAUAUUUUACCUCACAGGAAACACAUUUGUCUCGGCUUCAAAGAUAAAUAAGUUAAUGCUGUUUAGGGAAACAGACACUGUUUAUCAUGAGAACCACACGGAACACACGAAUGCACUCUGGGGGCAGAACGCAGAGUUUCAAAUGUAUUAAAGCAAGUGGUACCUAAAAUAACCACUGAAUUUUGAAAGGAUAAUUGCCAGUGUAGACCUGUAAGCCCAAAGUUGUUACUAGUCAGAAUAAUAUAAACUCUUUCUAUUGGAUAAACAAACACGUGCCACAUGAAUUUCCGAAAUAGAUACACUUCUUGAUUUAUCACAGUGCUGUAUGAUCUGCGAAGGAAGUAGACCAAGUUCCUUGUGGAAGAAAGGAAAUGUGAUUUGGAUUGACCAUGAUGUCGUGAGCUGCCGUUUAUAAUGAAGAAACCCACCCUAGAAUGGUAAUUCUGUCGUAGUUGGCAAUGAGGAUGUAAAUAUAUUAGAAGUGUGCUUUGUCUCUGAGAGAGAAAGAGAACAUUUUAGAGGUUCCGAAAUUAAUUUCUUUUAACAGACAGAAUAUAAUGAGCCAAUGCGUGCCGUUCAAAAUCCGUUUCAAAAGGUAUCUUGUCAACACUGUUGAAGAAUCUGGUCUGUACGACUAGGCAUCAGCUGAUUUCUACCGGCAAUUCUUUUCAGAUUGCAAAAUGCUUUCGGUAUCUGGCCUAAGCGAUAAGCCGGAGCGUGAAGCCUGCAUUUAAUUGUUGACAUCAGCGCCCUCACUGGUCUAGUGAAGUUUCUACAGUUUCACAGAAUUAGAUCUACAAUAAUUUAAUUUAUGAUUAUGCAUAUUUUUAAUAAAAUGUGGGGAAAAAUUAUAUGGGAGUACAAGAAAAUCGGUACGGUUUAUCAUGACAAAACUAUUCGGAACUAUUAAUUUUAUUCGUGUCCUUUAAGUGUACAUUUGUUAAUUUUUUUAUUAAUAUGCUGAAGUAUCGUUCAUUUUGCAGUAAUUACAAGGUAGCUUAAAAGUAUUAUUUGUAUACAUAAAAAUUGUAUCUUUAUGGGUUUAAUUGAUUCUGUUAAAGAAUAAUCUAGUCAGGGUUGCCAAAUCCAUG